AUGGAGCGCAGGGCCUCCGAGACCCCUGAGGAUGGGGACCCAGAGGAGGACACAGCCACAGCCCUCCAACGGCUGGUGGAGCUGACGACCAGCAGGGUGACCCCGGUGAGGAGCCUUCGGGACCAGUACCACCUCAUCCGGAAGCUGGGCUCCGGCUCCUACGGCCGUGUGCUCCUCGCCCAGCCUCACCAGGGGGGUCCAGCUGUGGCUCUGAAGCUCCUGCGUCGGGAUUUGGUCCUGAGAAGCACCUUCCUGAGGGAGUUCUGUGUGGGUCGCUGCGUCUCUGCACACCCAGGCCUGCUGCAGACCCUGGCAGGACCCCUACAGACCCCCCGCUAUUUUGCCUUCGCCCAGGAGUACGCACCCUGUGGGGACCUCAGCAGGAUGCUGCAGGAAAGGGGCCUCCCAGAACUGCUGGUGAAGCGGGUGGCGGCCCAGCUGGCAGGAGCUCUGGACUUCCUCCACAGCCGGGGGCUGGUCCAUGCAGAUGUCAAGCCGGACAAUGUGCUGGUCUUCGACCCGGUCUGCAGCCGUGUGGCCCUGGGAGACCUGGGUCUGACCCGGCCAGAGGGCAGCCCGACCCCUGCCCCACCAGUGCCUCUGCCCACAGCACCACCUGAGCUCUGCCUCCUGCUACCACCCGACACCCUGCCUCUGCGGCCAGCCGUGGACUCCUGGGGCCUGGGGGUGCUUCUCUUCUGUGCUGCCACUGCCUGUUUCCCUUGGGAUGUGGCACUGGCCCCCAACCCUGAGUUUGAGGCCUUCGCUGGCUGGGUGACCACCAAGCCUCAGCCACCUCAGCCACCACCACCCUGGGACCAGUUUGCGCCCCCAGCCCUGGCCUUGCUCCAGGGGCUUCUGGACCUGGAUCCUGAGACUAGGAGCCCCCCACUGGCUGUCCUGGACUUCCUGGGGGACGACUGGGGGUUGCAGGGGAACAGAGAGGGACCUGGGGUUCUGGGGAGCGUGUCCUAUGAGGACGGGGAGGAGGGAGGCUCAAGCCUGGAGGAGUGGACAGAUGAGGGCAAUGACGGCAAAAGUGGUGGGAGGACGGAGACAGAUGGGGGAGCUCCCUGACCAGGUGACGGAGACAGGUGGCCAGAGCCUGGGCCAGAAGCCCUUCCCCCAGCCCCCAGGGCCACCUGGAUGGAGAGACAGCUGCACCCGGGAGGACAGAGAGGGAACACAUUGCACUCUCCCUACGGAACGCUGGGCUUGGACGCGCAUUCCUCUUCCAACUGAAGACCCAAGAGCCCAGCUCCUGCCCCUCCUCUCUCAGACGCAGGAUCCAGGCUCCCAGCCCUACCUCCCUCAAGGACCUUUCCUCUUCCCUCCAUCCAGAGUGUCUUCUUUUUUAUUUUUUAUUUUUUUUAGACUGAGUCUCGCUCUGUCGCCCAGGCUGGAGUGCGGUGGCGCGAUCUCGGCUCACUGCAACCUCCCCCUCCCAGGUUCAAGGGACUCUCCUGCUUCAACCUCCCACCACCUGGCUAAUUUUGUAUUUUUAGUAGAGGUGGGGUUUCACUAUGUUGGCCAGGCUGGUCUCGAACUCCUGACCUCAAAUGAUCCACCCGUCUUGGCCUCCCAAAAUGCUGGGAUGACAGGCAUGAGCCACCACGCCUGGCCAUCAUGGAGUUCUGAUGGGAUCACUCCUCUCCUCUAAGACCUUCGGUGGCUCCCGCUGUCCAUGUCACAAGAUCUGAACUUUAGGAUCUGACACCAUGUAAACCUCACCCUCCACCUCUCCCAUUUCUCUGGGCUGUGGGUGAUGUCAUGGGAGCCACUCAUCUGUUCUGGACCUAAAUCUACACAUGUGAGAGAACACACACACACGUGCGCACACACACACGCACAUGCACACACACGCGCGCAUGCACACACACACGCACAUGCACACACACGCAUGCGUGCACACACACGCACACACGCAUGCAUGCAUGCACACACCCGCACUCGCACGCAUACGCACAUGCGCGCACACACACACACGCAUGCAUGCAUGCACACACCCGCACUCGCACCCAUACGCACAUGCGCGCAUACACACAUGCCUGCACACACGUGCACGCACAGCUGCUGGCAGACAUUGGCACACUGUGUGGCCUCCACUGAGAGCGUCUUCUCCCUGUCCCAUGGUUCCAGAAAGUGGCCCCCACCCCCAGCCCUCUCUGGCCUCCUGGGGAACUUGUAUUAGAACAAUCCGUGUCCCUUUCUGACUGUCCAGGCUGGACCUGGUCUUCUCCAUAUUUAGAUCCUUCCCAGUUCUGCUCCCACAGAGCACCACGGAUUGUGAUUGCCCCAGCUCCGUCCGCCUUUCUCAGACCCGUCAAUCCUAAGAGCCAGGCCUGGUACCCAUGGGUCUCCUUCCUCACCAAGGCCAGCCCACGUCCCGCAGUCCCACGGCACCUCCCAGACAGGACACGGAGCCUGGCUUGUGGAGGUUCACGCCUGCAGGACGGGGACGAACUAGAUCCAAAUCCGAGACCCCAGCAUCCAGCGGAGGGUCCAGAACUGGAAACCGUAUUUCCUAAGCAGGAAGGUAUGCUUCUAGGCUGGGAAGUGAGCUCACUACAUACGACACGGCAUCCUGGGCUCGAUCCAUCGUGGAAGCGCUGCUGAAAUAACAGUCUGGUGUUGGCCCAACUGUGAGCCUCGUAGUUUUGACAAAUGUCUCAUGGUUUGCAUCACGAUGCCGACACCGGGGGAGGCUGGGGGAGGGUGCAUGGGAACUCUCCGCAGGAUCUUGGCAACCAUUUUAUAAAC